GCCGUGGCUGCUCAGCAAUUGCUCCGGUGCGAUGCCGUUGACUCAAUUCCAAAAAUGACUACUCUCUUCUGUUCUCCCUCAAUGCAUAAAAGAGCGGCCACAUCCAUGGCUGGCAUUUCGUUGCACCCAACAAGACGAGACAAAGAAAAAUGAGCGACAAGAGAGAAGAAACUCCGCAACUGGAUCCUCCGGGUCCCCCGCCCGAGCAACUAAGAGACCAUGACGGCGACAGCGACCUCAUUCUGCGUCGCUGGCGCACCACGGACAUCGAAGGACUAUACGCCGCUGCGAGCCGCUCUCUCGCGGAGCUGGCGCAAUGGAUGCCCUGGGCCGCCAAGGGCUACACCAGGGCCGGCGCCGAGGGUUUCUUGGCUCACACCGCCGGCCACGCAUGGGACGCGGGCCAGGUCUACGACUUCGCCAUCAUCGCCGAGGGCCGCAUCAUCGGCUCGUGCGGUCUCUCGAGGGGCAUCGGCCCCGGCGGGCUCGAGAUUGGCUACUGGAUUGCCUCGGACGCGACGGGCCGCGGGUGGGCGACGAGGGCGGCCGCGAUGCUGGCCCGCGCGGCCGUUGCCAUGGGCGCCGACCGCGUGCAGAUUCGCCACGACGAGGCCAACGAGCGCAGCGCUGCUGUGCCGCGGAGGCUCGGCUUCCGGUGCCUGGGCGAGGUGCCUCCUGUCGAUGGACUGCCGAUACCAGGGACGCGAUCUCCCAAAGACUGGGUGUGGCAGCUCGACAGGGCGGAUGCUAGGGUGCUGGACCAGAGGGCUGAGAAGGCUGUGAAGUAGAGCCCUUGAUGAG